AUGCGCGAAGGGCAACCAGAGGAAGCCGACCCUGCCCGCAGCGGCCGCGCUGCCGACACUGCUCUUUCCUCAAGCGGCGGUGCGAGCCGUCAAGCAUCGCCCAGCAGCUGGCGAGGACGAGCGCCGCCAGACGAGCUGCUCAGAAGACGCUCGCGCGUCGGGACGUCCCCGACCACGGCAAUAGCCACAGCGCUCGAUGAAGGCUCGACGCAACCGCAUCAACGGCAAGGUUUGUUUCCGCUAUCGCCGGAUGUGCCGUCCACGGCUGAUGCGGACCGAACUGCAUCGUGUCAGAUGACGCUGCGCCAACAUAGCACCAAAGGCCGCAAGAGACAACCAAAAGCUGGCUUCGAACAGACUUUGGCCACGUUUUCGCCCGCUUCCCUGCCGUCACCUGCUUCCCCAUCAGCUCCUGCUUCCCCGCUGUCGCCCACUUCCCUGAUGUCACCCAUUCCUACCUCGUCGGCCAGCUCUCCAUCGUCAACGCGUCCCGGUUAUGGCGCGGGCGCCUUGCUGCACGAGGGACUAGGAGCCCCGGAGCAAGACGCGACAAGUGGCCAGGGAUCACGCAGGAUGGGACGCGCCAAGUACUGGGCACUGCACGGCGCCGACGACAGGGAGGAGAAGAAGCGACCUACGGCGUCUGACAGCAGAGCUGCGGGCUCCGAAAGAACAGAGGCCAGUCACCACCCACCAACCAGGAGCAAGCAGCGGCAGCGGGAAGGUGUCAAGAAUGGUGCCAAGACGGCCCAGGACAUGGGCUUCACUACGAGUAAGAUCAGGCGGCCGAUAGGUGGAGCGGGGACAAGCCAGGAAGUAGGGGUCAUCAUCGGUUCCGGCCAGAUGGCGCCAGCUGGCACGGCUGCCUCCAAUCGGAACACCAUGGCGUCGCACGACCAGCAGCCAGAGGCCACCGAGGUGAAAGAGCGCGACCUCGGCCCCGCAGGUCCACUCGACUGA